UUUGCUUCGCUAUUGCAUAUUUACGUCGUCUGUACCCAAAUGUCAAUUAAUAUAUGUAUGUAGGUGGUAUGACGAACUGCUUGAACGUGCUGCGUCGCCACACAACAAAACAGCUGUUGUGACAUAACCUGCAUUUCUUCGGGAAAAUUGAAAAUGCUGCGUCGAUUAUUGCCGUCACUGCGCCAGGCGUUGCAGCAGACGACCCCAACAAUCACAGCUGUCCGCCCUAGCAGUUACAGUGUCUAUGAGCCAGACUAUCUCGAGUCACUCAAGCCUAAGUUUCCGCAAUACGAGUGCCUAAAUGUUCAGAUCAAGGGUUACGACUAUCCGUUGCUCGAAAGUUAUCAACGAUUCCUGCACAGCGUUGCCGAAUAUUUAGAUUUGGAUGUCUCCGAUUGUUAUGCACUGCCGCCGCAGCAAACGCAGGUGCAGCGGUUGCGUCCCAAUUCGACGGUCGUCGAGGCUGAUUACAAGCUGACUACUUACGAGCGUAAUCUGCAGCUAUCCAAUGUCGAUGCCCCCAUUUAUCCGCAAUUUCUGCGCAUUGCCCAAGCCGCCCUACCUGAGGGAGUGCAUCUUAUGGUGGCUGAACACACGGACGAGAGUGAUGAGCGUCGCUAUGUGCCCGACAAGGAUCUGCUGGACUUGAAGGCGGAGCUGGAACGCAUGGGCGGCGCUACCCCUUCAAAAAAAAAAUAACAGCUCAAUUGUCAUAUUUUUUUGGCAUAUGGGUAAAACGUUAAUCACUAGUUUUUUAUUGAGUAUAAAAUAAAUCCUGUGUAUAAGAGAGA